AUGUCCUCUGACGAGCACGAUCUGCACGGACACCAAGGCCACCUCGACGCGGAGCAGCAGGCCGCGUUCGAGCACUUCGAGCAGCUGCUGGCCAGCGCGGGGCUGUACACCGCGGCCAGCGACGACGAGCCUGCCUCGCACGACGAGCCCACUCUGCUGCGCUUCCUGCGCGCCCGCCGCUUCGAACCCCACAAGGCCCUCCGCCAGUUCUCCGACGCGCACGCCUGGCGCGCCGCCCACGACGUCGACCGGCUCUACGCCACCUUCCCGCCAGACGAGUUUGAGAGCGCGCGCAGGUUCUACCCCCGCUGGACCGGUCGCCGCGACAAGAAUGGCCUCCCGCUCUACGUCUACCGCCUCGCCGCCCUCGACGCCGUCCUCCAAAAGGAGCUCUACGCUGUCCCCCCCGCCCGCCGCUACCAGCGCAUCGUCGCCCUGUACGAGACCAUGACCAACUUCAUCCUCCGCCUCUGCUCCUUCCUCCCCCACCGCACCGCCCCCACCCCCGUCUCCUCCGUCACCACCAUCAUCGACCUCGCCCACGUCUCCUUCUCCACCAUGUGGGCCCUCCGCUCCCACCUCCACGAGUCCUCUGCCCUCGCCACUGCCAACUACCCCGAGACCCUCCACACCAUCGCCGUCGUCAACUCCCCCGCCUUCUUCCCCACCGUCUGGGGCUGGAUAAAGAACUGGUUCGACGAGGGCACUCGCCGCAAAAUACACAUCCUCGGCCACGAGCCCGGGCCCGCCCUCCGCCAGCUCAUCGACCCCGAACACCUCCCCAAGUCCUACGGCGGCGACCUCGACUGGAACUUUGAGGACGAGCCCGCACUCGACCAAGACGCCGCCCUCGUCCUCGGCGGCGCCAUGCCCAAGGGCCCCGCCUACUUUGACGACGGCCGCGUCCGCUUGCCGGAACACACCCCGAGUUGA